UUCCCCCUCCUUCUCCGUUGAAACAAAUUAAACAAUAGCUCUGGGGAGAGAGAGAGAGAGGACUCAGCGGAGAACACGACAACAGAGAGAUAGAGAGAAUCAGAGAAUUCUAGAGAGGGAGAGAGAGAGGCUGUAAGAACGACGCCAUUGACGAACAGCGACAGGGAGAGGGACGCCAGAAAAGAAAAGUAGAGAAAGAAAAAGAAAGUUCUGGGGAGAGAAAGUUUGAGAGAGAGUCGUAGAGAGAGUUUUAGAGAGUUUUUUUUUUUUUUUCGAAUUUGGACAAUCAAGGGUUUUGAUGAGAUGGCAACGCCACUAACGGGCGUUGCAGUGUUUUCAAGCCACGUGAAUUCGUCGUCUUCGUCUUCCUCCUCCAAGUCUUGCUCGAACAAUUCUGAGCUGAAAUCCCCAAUUCUAAUCUUCUCGUUCUUCCACAAAGCAAUACGUGUGGAGCUCGAUGCGCUUCACCAAUCCGCCAUGGCGUUUGCCACUGGACAGCGGGCAGAUAUUCGUCCCUUGUUCAAGCGCUACCACUUCUUGAGAUCAAUCUAUAAGCACCACUGCAAUGCGGAGGAUGAGGUCAUCUUUCCAGCUCUUGAUAUACGUGUGAAGAAUGUAGCACAAACAUACUCCCUUGAACACAAGGGUGAAAGUGACCUUUUUGAUCAUUUAUUUGAGCUGCUAAAGUUAAAUAUGCAAAAUGAUGAAAGUUUUCCACGGGAAUUGGCGUCUUGUACGGGAGCCCUUCAGACAUCAGUUAGUCAGCACAUGUCCAAGGAAGAGGAGCAGGUCUUCCCUUUGCUUACAGAGAAGUUCUCAUUUGAAGAGCAGGCAUCAUUAGUUUGGCAGUUUUUUUGCAGCAUUCCUGUGAAUAUGAUGGCAAAGUUCCUUCCAUGGCUUUCAUCCUCUAUUUCACCUGAUGAAUAUCAGGAUAUGCUGAAGUGCUUAUACAAGAUAGUCCCAGAAGAGAAACUUUUUCGACAGGUUAUUUUCACCUGGAUAGAAGCGAGAAACUGGGCUAACACAGUUGAAAAUUGUACUGAUGAUCCUCAGCUCCAGUGUUGUAAAGGUUCUAGUACUAGCACAUUUAUCCAACAGAUGGACAAAAUAAAUUGUGCAUGUGAGUCCUCCAACGUUGGGAAAAGGAAAUAUUUGGAGUCUAGUGAUGUUUUCGAUACCGGUGGGAUACAUCCAAUAAAUGAGAUAUUGCAUUGGCAUAAUGCUAUUAGAAGAGAGUUGAGAGCUAUAUCUGAGGAGGCUAGGAAGAUACAACGUUCAGGAAAUUUUACUAAUUUAUCAUCCUUCAACGAGAGGUUGCAUUUUAUUGCUGAAGUUUGCAUCUUUCACAGCAUUGCUGAAGAUAAGGUAAUAUUCCCUGCAGUAGAUGGAGAACUCUCCUUUUUCCAAGGGCAUGCUGAAGAAGAUAGUAAAUUCAAUGAGAUUAGGUGCUUGAUUGAAAAUAUUCAAAGUGCAGGAGCAAAUUCUACAUCAGCUGCUGAAUUUUAUGGGGAGUUAUGCUCACAUGCUGACAAAAUAAUGGAAACUAUAAAGAGACAUUUCGACAAUGAAGAAGUCCAGGUUCUUCCACUUGCUCGGAAGCAUUUUAGCUUCAAAAGGCAGCGGGAACUUUUGUAUCAAAGCUUGUGCAUGAUGCCAUUGAGAUUGAUUGAGCGUGUUUUGCCAUGGCUGGUAGGAUCAUUAACUGAUGAUGAAGCCAAGAACUUUCUUAAAAAUAUGCAUUUAGCAGCUCCAGCAUCAGAUACUGCUCUAGUAACACUUUUUUCUGGUUGGGCUUGCAAAGCUCGUGCAAAGGGUGUAUGUUUGUCCUCAAGUGCAAUUGGUUGCUGUCCUGCAAAAGAAAUCACUGAUAUUGAAGAAGAUUUUGUUCGACCACAAUGUGGAUGCACUUAACUUGUCUCCUAGAGAACACCCAGUAUUUGUUCAAAUAGAUGGGAACAGAAGACCGUCAAACGGAAUUCAUCAGUACCGUGCAAAAAUGACCAAGCAACUGAUUCUUCAGAGAUGAUAAGUGCUGAUGAACUGUCUUCUAGUAAUUGGUCUUGUUGUGUCCCAGAUUUAGGUGUAAACGGUAAUAAUCUGGGAUUGGGUUGUCUUUCUACGGUGAAAUUUUUGCGUCCCUUGUCGUUCAGUUCUUCUGCUCCUUCUCUUAACUCCAGUCUCUUUAUCUGGGAAACAGAUAGUAGCUCUUCUCAUAUUGGGUGCACAGAGCGGCCAAUUGAUACCAUAUUUAAAUUUCAUAAAGCCAUUAGCAAAGACUUGGAGUAUUUGGAUGUUGAAUCGGGAAAGCUUAUUGAUUGUGAUGAGACAUUCCUUCAGCAGUUCAUUGGAAGAUUCCGUUUAUUGUGGGGCUUAUACAGGGCUCAUAGUAAUGCAGAGGAUGAAAUAGUUUUUCCAGCAUUGGAAUCCAAAGAGGCACUUCACAAUGUAAGUCACUCAUACAUGCUUGACCACAAGCAGGAGGAAAAUUUAUUUGAAGAUAUUGCUUCUGUCCUUUCUGAGCUUUCACUCCUUCAUGAAGACCUGAAAAGAGCCAGUAUGACAGAGAAUCUAAACAGGAGUCAUGAUGGCAAGCAUCUGAGAAAGUACAUUGAAUUGGCUACAAAACUUCAAGGCAUGUGCAAAUCUAUAAGAGUCACACUGGAUCAGCAUAUUUUCAGGGAAGAACUUGAGCUGUGGCCACUGUUUGGCCAACAUUUUUCUGUGGAGGAACAGGACAAAAUUGUUGGCCGCAUUAUUGGGACUACAGGAGCUGAAGUCCUCCAAUCAAUGUUGCCAUGGGUGACUUCUGCACUUACUCAGGAUGAGCAGAAUAAAAUGAUGGACACAUGGAAGCAGGCAACUAAGAACACAAUGUUCAACGAGUGGCUCAAUGAAUGCUGGAAAGGAACUCCAGUGUCACCUUUAAAGACUGAAACAUUGGAAAGUAGCAUUCCUGAAAAAGGUAUCUAUUCCCAAGAAAACUUGGAUGAGAAUGAUCAGAUGUUCAAGCCAGGGUGGAAAGAUAUUUUUCGUAUGAAUCAAAGUGAGCUUGAAUCAGAGAUCAGAAAGGUUUAUCGGGACUCAACUCUUGAUCCAAGGCGAAAAGCAUAUCUUGUUCAAAAUCUUAUGACUAGUCGCUGGAUAGCUGCUCAACAGAAGUUGCCUCAAGAAAUAAUGGGGGAAAGUUCUAAUGGUGAAGAUGUACAUGGACUAUCACCAUCGUAUUGGGAUCCAGGGAAACAGGUCUUUGGGUGUGAACACUACAAAAGGAAUUGCAAACUCCGUGCUGCUUGCUGUGGCAAGUUGUUCACUUGCAGAUUCUGCCAUGAUGAAGUGAGCGAUCACUCAAUGGAUAGAAAAGCAACAUCAGAAAUGAUGUGCAUGCGCUGCCUGAAGAUUCAAGCAGUUGGACCAAUCUGCAAGACACCUUCAUGCAAUGGACUUUCAAUGGCCAAGUACUAUUGCAGUAUAUGUAAAUUUUUUGAUGAUGAAAGGACCGUAUAUCAUUGUCCAUUUUGCAAUUUAUGUCGCCUUGGGAAGGGUCUUGGGAUUGACUAUUUUCAUUGCAUGACAUGCAAUUGUUGCCUGGGGAUGAAGUUAGUGAACCACAAGUGUCUGGAGAAAGGUUUAGAAACAAAUUGUCCUAUUUGCUGUGAUUUCUUGUUCACAUCAAGUGCUGCAGUCAGAGCUCUACCCUGUGGCCAUUUCAUGCAUUCAGCUUGCUUUCAGGCAUACACUUGCAGUCACUACACCUGUCCUAUUUGUAGCAAAUCCUUGGGAGAUAUGGCGGUUUAUUUUGGCAUGCUUGAUGCUUUGUUGGUCGCUGAGGAGCUUCCAGAGGAAUAUAGAGAUCGUUGUCAGGACAUACUUUGCAACGACUGUGGUCGAAAAGGCACAUCACGCUUCCACUGGCUGUAUCACAAGUGUGGUUUUUGUGGAUCAUACAAUACCCGGGUGAUAAAGACAGAGGCAACCAAUUCUGAUUGCCCCACAUCAAACCAGUGAGAAGUGUCCAACAAAAAUAUUUGCACCAGUGAGCUUGUAAAUACUUGUAUAGUUAAUUCAUUUCCCCCCAAAUCUUAAUACUAGAAUCACAAACCUAGCCCAUCAUCACAUCCAAUAUGCUCCAAAUCUACAGCUUUCACUUUUUUACUUAUCUGAAUAUAGAAAGAAAAGAAGCAAUCCAUAGAGUCUCAUGUCGUGUAUUACAUGCAUGACUUUUUUAAACAGUCCGUCCUCGGCCAAGUUUCUCACCUCAUCUUUAUAAAAAGCUUGCAUACCGUUUGAAAAUAGUUGUCUUGUCUCUGUAGGCAGAUUUUCUUUGAAUUUUGUUCGUUACUUUGUAUCGGUUUGAGGUUUUUUUUUUUUGGCUUGGACUGGUCCAACCUACAUUUUUCUCUCUCAUGGUUGUGGCAUCAUUUUGUAUCCUUCGUGUUUAAAUAAAAAUGCUGUGUAUCGUUGAGUUUGCAUUUACAAUAUUAAUAGAGUAAGCGCCUCUUCUUUUC